CAAAUAAUGGUCACAAAAAUCUUAUUUUUGCUGCUAUUAUCCUGAGCUAUUGGCCAAACUACCUUGGCUGAUGAUGGAUUCGUCACUGUAAAAGGGAGGAAUUUCUACCUCAAUGGUAAGAAAUAUUUCUACCUUGGAACAAACUACUGGUAUGGCAUGAAUUUGGGAGCUCCGCUUGCGGGAAAUCUGACCAGACUUAAAGAAGAGCUUGAUGAUCUCUCUCAACUUGGUAUAAAGAACUUAAGAAUCAUGGGGAGCACUCAAGGCCCAAAUGAUAAAGAAAAGAGAAUAGUACCUGCUCUUGAAUAUGACAAAGGAAAAUAUGAUGAAGAUAUUUUUGAAGGUUUAGAUAUUUUCCUGUAUGAAAUGGGAAAAAGAGACAUGAAAGCAGUCGUUACUCUUAACAAUUUCUGGGAAUGGUCAGGAGGAUUCCCACAAUACUUUGAGUGGUAUCGAGGAAAUUAUAACCUCUAUCCAGCACAAUUUUAUGAAGAUGAACUUCUUAAGGAAAAGCUUGACGAUUUUAUCAAAAUCAUAGUGAAUAGAGAGAAUACAGCAUAUAAAAAGAGAGAUGGUAAAACAAUUCUGUACAAAGAUGAUCCAACAAUUAUGUCUUGGCAGCUUGCUAACGAACCAAGAGCAGGACCUUGUGGAGCCUGGGUUGACUGGAUUAACAAAACAAGCACUCUUAUUAAAACUCUAGCUCCUAGGCAACUUGUCUCUAUUGGUAAUGAAGGGACCAUAACUGGAUGUAGCGAGGAAGGAAAUUAUGUUGAGAAUGUUGAUUACAUAACUUUUCAUGCUUGGGCUCAAAAUUGGGGAUGGUAUUCUCCAAGUUCUCGGAAUGGUCUAAGUAGCGGUAUAUCCAAAGCUCAUAAAUACAUUAGUGAAAACGUGAAUUUAAACAAGGACAGGAACAAGCCGAUGGUAUUAGAAGAGUUUGGCCUUGCUAGAAAUAGAAAUUCCUAUGAUCCUAAUUCUUACUGUGAUAUCAGGGAUGACUAUUACUCAGGUGUAUUCUCUAAAGUAUAUUCUUACGCUAAGGAUCAUUCCUUGAUGUCAGGAGUUAACUUCUGGGCCUAUGGUGGACAAGGCAGACCUAGAGAGAACGGCGGCUGGUGGAAAGCAGAUGAUGACUUGAUUGGAGACCCUCCUCAUGAAAGACAAGGAUGGUACUCAGUUUAUAACACUGACUUUACUACUUUGGAGAUGCUGAGAGAUUGGGUUGAUAAAUUUGACUCCUUAUGUACUUAAUCGUCAGAAGCUGAUAUUUUUGGAGUAUUUAUGAGAAAAUUCAAUUC